AUGAGUGAACAAAGUCAAAGUGAGGAUGAACAAAAUAUAAUAAUCGAAAAUAAUACCAAUAAUAUAAAAAAAAGAAAAUUAAGCGAUGUUGAAGAAGAUGAUGAAAGUAGCGACAAUAAUGAACACAUAUAUGUACCAAAAAAAAAACGACGAAGAAAAAUAUUAACAAUUUUUAAUGAUUUAUUUAGCUGGAUUAUAAAUAAAAAUGUGAAAAAUCCAUCUAAAGAAAUUGAAAAUAUAAAUGAUGUAAAUUUUCUCAAUUUUAAUAAUGUCUUGUCAAAAAACUUCGGAGCAAAAGUUGCAUUUGUUACUGAUGAAUCAAUUAGUAAAUCAGAAAAUUUAAUUAUCGAAGAUAAAACAGGAUGGAUUACUAGAAGGCGAAGAGAUGUAGGCCAUGAAUGGCUAAUAUUUAAGUUAAAAUAUCCAAGUAUUAUAUAUGGAAUAGAAUUAAAUUUUGAAAAUAUGGAUGAAGAUAUAUGUCCCCACUUAUCAAUAGAAGUUGUAGAAAACCCCUGUAUCGAUGACAUAAUAAAAGAAGAGGAAUCAAUUAUUAACGAAACAGAUAAUAAGGAAGUGAAAACAAUAAAAAAGAAAAGUUAUAACUUUCUAGAAUCAUAUAAAAUAGAUAAAUCGAUAUCUGAUUUGUUAGAAAAUCAGAAUACCCCAUGGGUUGAAUUAUUACAAGCAGAUUGUGUUGAUUUUUUAAAACAAUGUAAUAAAAAAAAAAUAUACUAUUUUAAAAUUAAUGAUCAAUCUUUAAUUAAACCAUGGACACAUAUAAGAAUUAAUUUAUAUCCAGAUGGAGGAAUAAAUAAAAUUCAUUUUUAUGGCGAAUUUGUUUCUUUAUUUAAAAAACAUACUAUUGCAUCAAAACAAAAAAUAUUUCUAAAUAAACCAGAAAAUGGUUGCACAUUAAUAUAUUACCAAUGUGAUGAAAUACAUAAAGGUCAUCCAAAAAAUAUUAUCGAUUCAUAUAAAACUGAUGGAUUUUGUACAAAAAGAUUAUUUAAUAGACCACCUAUAAUCUUAAGAACAUUAACAUAUAAUUCAAUUAAAAAUUUUGCUAUUUUUAAGUUUGGAGUUAGAGGAAUAAUUGAAAAUUUUACAAUUGAUAUUGGAAAUUAUAAACAUGAUCAUCCUGAAACUAUACAAAUUUAUUUAUUAGAUUGUAUCGAUUUACUUACUUUAGAUUUAUUAGAGCAAAAAAAAAUAUUUGAAGACGAUGAAAAAUUAGCGAAAAAAAAAAUUGAUUGGUUUCAAUUACCUCCUUGUAAAAUUAAUACAGGCCAAAAAAAAACGUUUUAUAAUUUUAAUUUGUUAGAAUAUAAUUUUACCGAUAUGGAAAGAACAGCUACACAUUUUAAAAUUUCAAUUCAUCCAGAUGGCGGAAUAUCACAAGUUAAUAUUAUAGGUACAGUCUUAUCAAUCCCCCCAUAA